UUCUGGGCUAAGUUUACAGAACUACUGCUACGAAGCUGCUUGAUUGUUAGCUGAACUAAAUUCCUUGAGGUUGGCGGAGAAAAAUAAUUUCUUUCCAGUCCUCAAACAGUGAGGUGUGGCCUUUGAUUGGAAGCGCUGAAGCCAGGCAAUUAGAGGGAAGAUUCAUAGGUGCUUUCAGGAUCUAAGUCACCAUGUCUCAGCCAUCAGAAGGAUGUGCAGCUGACCAGGGCCAGACCUGUGAAGAAACCCAGAACCUACAGGUUGCAGCAGCCUCCGUUGAUGUUGAGGAACCAUGUUCCUCAUCUCAACUUCUUAUGGCUAGCAGCUGGGAUGAUCCUGCAGAUGAGACACCCAGUACUUCUGGAGGUCUUCAGCAUCCCUCUGCCUCUUCAAGCAAGUCUGCUGAGGAUCUUGGUAACCAAGAAGUGCAGGAUAACCCAGUCAUUCCACCAGUGCAGGAUAACCCAGUCAUUCCACCAGAUCAGCCAGAUGAUAGCACAAAUGUACCUGUGAUGACUGUAGAUGGGAAAGUUGAUUUCUUGGUGAAUUACAUGCUGUACAAGUAUCAGGUGAAAGAGAUGAUGAGUAUGGAUGAUAUAAUGGUACUCAUUGUCAAAGAAGAUGUGGCUCAUUAUUAUGAAAUCCUCAUGAGAGCUGCUGAGCGCAUGGAGUUGCUCUUUGGGCUGGAUGUGAGGGAGAUAGAUCCUAUCAACCAUUGCUAUGCUCUUUUUAUUAAAUUAGGUCUCACCUACGAUGGGAUGCGCAGUGAUGAGUAUAGCUUUCCUAAGACUGGUCUCCUGAUACUCAUCCUGGGCAUAGUCUUCAUGAAGGGCAACCGUGCCACUGAAGACGAGAUUUGGGAAGUAUUGAAUCCACUGGGAAUCUAUGCUGGGAUGAAUCAUUUCAUCUUUGGUGACCCUAGAGAGCUGAUAACUGAUGAGUUUGUGAGGGAGCAAUACCUGGAAUACCAGCCAGUAGCCAACAGUUAUCCCAUGCAGUAUGAGUAUGUGUGGGGCCUACGGGCUAAAGCUGAAACUAGUAAGAUGAAAGUGUUAGAGUUUGUGGCCAAGGUUCAUGGGUCAAACCCUCUUGCAUUCGCUUCUCAGUAUGAAGAAGCACUGAUAGAAGAAGAAGAGAGAACCCUUGCCCUGAUAUUAGAGCAUGCUGGCCCGAGUUCUGCUUCUGGUGAAAGUUCUGGUGAUGCAAGCAGCAACUUCUCUUACUUCUAGUACAGUCAGAGAUCAAUUACUCCUGUAUAAUUUACAGAGAGAUUUUAGAGUUGAGAGAGAAAAUGUAGGAUCUAUGUUGACAUAGAGAGAAGGCAGAGUCUUAGCUGCACAGUUCUAAUUGAUCUAACUACCAUGCCAUUUUUCUUUCAUUGUUUGCCUUUUAUAUUUGAAUGUACUUGUACUUAAAAUCAGUUUCAAAAUUUCUACUUAAUACCAUUCACAAAUUUAAUAAUAAGAGCUUUGUCAUAACAUAAGUUGGGAAAUAAUCCCAUCUAUCUGUACAAUUAUCUGGAGUAGUAAAACAUGCAUUUUCUAAGCUCCUACCUUUUCAACAGCUUUGUUCUAAUUAUUUUCUUUGUACCUUUUUAUUUCUCAGUAAAAUUAAAUGCUGUGUAUGGAGUUGUUUACUUUAUAGUUGCCAAGGAUAAUAAAAGUCAAGAAACUUUACCUCAA